AUGGGUAUUUCUCGCGACAGUCGCCACAAGCGCCGUCUUACCGGUGGGCGCUUCCCCGUGCACAAGAACAAGAGAAAGCACGAAUUGGCCAGGCCUGCAUCCAACACCAAGCUCGGAACCAAGCUGGUUCGCAAGGUUCGCUGCCGCGGUGGAAACUUGAAAUUCAGGGCGCUGCGUCUCGACUCCGGCAACUUCUCAUGGUCCACCAAAAAUGUCUGCAGGAAGACCAGGAUCAUGGAUGUCGUGUACAACGCCAGUAGCAACGAGUUGGUGCGCACUAAGACCCUCGUGAAGAACUGCCUGGUCACUAUCGAUGCCACUCCUUUCAAGAUCUGGUUCAAAAACACGUACGGCUUUGACCUCGUUAAGCCAAAGGGUGAGGCUGCCGAGGAAACCGAUGACAGCAAGGACGCCAGCAAGCUUGUGUCUAAAUCGCUUCUUGAACAGUUUGCCUCGGGUCGUCUGAUUGCAUGCAUCAGCUCCCGCCCCGGUCAAACCGGAAGGUGUGACGGUUACAUCCUCGAGGGAGAUGAGCUGAACUUCUACCGCAAACGUAUGGACAAGAAGAAGCGUGCAUAA